ACUCAGGAGAGAGCAAAGACAAUACUGACACCACCAUUCACAGAGAGAGAGUUUGAGAGGAGGGAGGGAGGGAGGAAGAGAGGACAGAAAUACUGAUAGAGGAGGAGGGAGAAAAAUAGAAAGGUAAAGAGAGUCAGGUGUAGCAGAACAGGUAUAGAGACACAGAUACACCCAGAGGUAGGCAGGUAGGAACUGUACGCAGGUACAUAGGCCUGUAACAGGUGGGCAAGGCAGCAACCUGGGAUCUCUGUCAUCUCUGGUGACCCACUAUACAUAAAAGAAGCUUAGCGGAGGGAGAGAAGAGGCUGAAACUGAAGAAGGGUCAGCUGAAAAGAAAACACUGCCAACCAUUAAAGGACUGAAAGACUGGAGGAAACGGGAAGUGACUAUAAAGAGUGUUUCAGCUCAGGACUCACAGACCCUGAACAAUCCAAAGGGAUUGCCAAUAGAGUAGAUAGGGACUGUGAGAGACAGAGGAGUGCGAACGUCAGACUUUCUAAGGACUCUGACUGACAACAACCAGCAAGCAGCUAGAGAGACAGUGUGUUCUCUCCUCUGCCCCCUCUAACAUGGUCUCUCUGGGGAUCCAGAUGCUGGGCAGCGCCCUGAGCCUGCUGGGCUGGGUGGGGGUCAUCCUGACCUGCAUCCUGCCCAUGUGGAGGGUCACGGCCUUCAUUGGAGCCACCAUCAUCACGUCUCAGACCAUCUGGGAGGGUAUCUGGAUGAGCUGCGUGGUCGAGAGUACGGGCCAGAUGCAGUGUAAACCAUACGACUCCCUCCUGGCCCUGUCCUCCGACCUCCAAGCCGCCAGAGCGCUCACCGUCCUCGCCAUCGCCACAGGCACCGCCGGGCUCCUACUGGCCUUCGUUGGGGGGAAGUGCACUCGGUUUCUGGACGAGCAAGGUGGCGGGGUCAAAGAACGGGUUGCCGUGACAGCGGGCGCGGUGUUGAUCGCCACGGGGGUGCUGUGCCUGAUCCCCACUUCGUGGGCUGCUGGGGCGGUGGUGCAGGGGUUCUACAGCUCCGCCACCGAUGCCCAGCGGAGGGAGAUCGGGGCGUGUCUAUACAUCGGCUGGGGGGCAUCCAUCCUUCUCAUCCUGGGAGGGGGGCUGUUCAUCAGCUCCUCCUGCCCCCUCAGGGCUCACAAUGAGGAUAAGAGCCCCUCUGUUCGCUACCUGGUGGUUCGCUCUUCCAACGGAGCCGCCUCCAGCCAGGCAGCAGCCUCCCAGCACAGCAGGGGACCGUCCACAAAGUCCCAGGCCAACGGCAAAAUGGCCUUUACCAGGUCUCACAGCAGCCAGGCAGCAUCUGCCAAGUCUCAGCCCUGGGGAGUGGUGAAAACCAGGCCUCCCUGGGAGGAGUACGGGCUAGGUAUGGUAGAGCAGGACUACAUGCCGGGGUCUGGGGGGAGUAAGGCACCGUCUACAAAGUCUCAGUUGAAAAGACUGGAGUCUCAGGAGAGUUUAGCAGACAAGUCUCAACCCAGUGAGGAUGAAUCCUUAAACCCAACUAAGACCUAUCUCUGAGACCACACACACACACACACACACACACAGAGAGAGAAAGAGCAUUGUUUAUGGAAAAUAUGGACCUUAACUAUGCCUUGUUUACUUGUUUAUUUGUUUUGUGUGUGAAAAGUGAUAUUAGACAUUUGAAUAUUUGCUGAAGGAUAUAACUGGCACUGAAAGUUAGGUUCUCUUUAUUAGUUGGGUUUGAUAUAACUGGCACUGAAAGGUUCUCUUUAUUAGUUGGGUUUGAUAUAACUGGCACUGAAAGGUUCUCUUUAUUAGUUGGGUUUGAUAUAACUGGCACUGAAAGGUUCUCUCUUUAUUAGUUGGGUUUGAUAUAACUGGCACUGAAAGGUUCUCUCUUUAUUAGUUGGGUUUGAUAUAACUGGCACUGAAAGGUUCUCUUUAUUAGUUGGGUUUGAUAUAACUGGCACUGAAAGGUUCUCUCUUUAUUAGUUGGGUUUGUUUAUGACAUGUAAAAGCUGUUCCAUGUGUUGUUGCUGUACUAAUGUAUGUAAAGAAAAGUCUACUUCCCCUGAUGUGAAUAUGUUUUCAGUCCCUUUAACAAUGACCAGACAUAUACAGUAAGACUAUUGAUUAGUGUUUAUAUGAAGCUUCUUGGUUCUGCCGUUUGUUUUCGUAGCAUCAUUUUGACACAUUUAAAAAUAACUUUUCCUUUUUAUGUAGCUCUUUUACGUGACAAAACUCAGAAUUAGUUCAAUAUGAAUUAGUAUGUGACCAGCUACGCUAUGGAAAGCCCCAGCCGGGACAAACCAGUUUGACAGAGAGUGAGUUGAGCUCACACCAAUGGUUUGCAUUGUGUUAGGGAGCGAUAAAAUGUGGUGUUCCGAAUGGCGCCCUAUUGCCUAUACAGUGCACUACUUUUGACCAGGGCUCAUAGGGAAUAGGGUGCAAUAUGGGAUACACACCGUGAUGUUCGUGAAGGAUUCAAAUGUGAGUUUCACCAGGUCAUGGACAUGUGACUUCUGGGUUUUGUUUAUGAAAAUACGAUGUUUUCCUGUUUACCCUGAACAAGUAUAUCUCUACCAUGAGGUGAGGAUCAAAUGUACUGUCGGCCUACAUGCUUCUAGCCUACUAAACCCAAUGUAACAAACACAAGCUCUGUUUUGCCAAAUUAGGAUGACAAUGCAGGUUUGAGCUCCCUCUGGUGUCUGGAUGGGCUUGUACAUGAACACAGUAAACACAGUAACUCUCAUUGACUAAAGGGUAUAUAUUAAUGAGCAGGAGAAAACCCUCAGGCCCCAAGGACUGAAUGUACAAUAUGAAUAAAUGUUUGGAACCACUUGUGGUCUCACCUUGUCCAUAUAUUGCUUUCAUGGUAAGGAAACAAGUAAUUUAGUAAUUUGGGUAAGCUACCCCUUCAUUGACAAACAUGAAUUUGAGAAAAGGCAAAACAGAAGGUUGUGUUUCACAUAGAGUUUGGAUUUCAGUGUCAAAAAGGUAGUGUUGCAAAAUUCACUUUCUCAAAAUUCCCAGGUUUUCCAGAGAUCCUGGCUUUUUAUUUAUUUUAUUUUUAUUUCACCUUUAUUUAACCAGGUAGGCAAGUUGAGAACACCUUUAUUUAACCAGGUAGGCAAGUUGAGAACACCUUUAUUUAACCAGGUAGGCAAGUUGAGAACACCUUUAUUUAACCAGGUAGGCAAGUUGAGAACACCUUUAUUUAACCAGGUAGGCAAGUUGAGAACACCUUUAUUUAACCAGGUAGGCUGGUUGAGAACACCUUUAUUUAACCAGGUAGGCUAGUUGAGAACACCUUUAUUUAACCAGGUAGGCUAGUUGAGAACACCUUUAUUUAACCAGGUAGGCUAGUUGAGAACACCUUUAUUUAACCAGGUAGGCUAGUUGAGAACACCUUUAUUUAACCAGGUAGGCUAGUUGAGAACACCUUUAUUUAACCAGGUAGGCUAGUUGAGAACACCUUUAUUUAACCAGGUAGGCUAGUUGAGAACACCUUUAUUUAACCAGGUAGGCUAGUUGAGAACACCUUUAUUUAACCAGGUAGGCAAGUUGAGAACACCUUUAUUUAACCAGGUAGGCAAGUUGAGAACAAGUUCUCAUUUACAAUUGCGACCUGGCCAAGAUAAAGCGACCUGACUAGUGGAUUCCUGGAAUCAAGAGGGAAUAAGCAGGAAACCGGAAACCCUCCAACCAGGAUUUUUGUAAAACCUGGGCGUUUUAGGAAAGUUACUGGAUUUUUGCAACCCUAGUCAGAAGGGGUAAAAAAAACACUAUAUAUUUUAAACCACCCCUACCCCUUUCAAAUUGAACCUGUAAGAAGAAGGUAUGAUAUGAUAUGUCCUCUAUACAGUAUCAACUGUAUUCACUUAUCUGAUGUAGACUUUAAAGAAUGUUGUUGUUGUUGUGGUCUUUUGAGAGAUGCGAUGCAUUUUUUAGACAUUAACAACGUAAAAUUGGAAAGACACUAAACUACAAAUGAAUGCAAACAUAGUGCACCAGUUAUGUUAUGACAUUCAGCUACUUUUUUAUAUUUUAACGAGAAAUAAAGGACAGGAGAGAUGACUUAAAGCAACACCAUAUGAUUUAAAUCUAAUAACAUCGAUGAUUUAAAAAAUGUUUUUUGCAGUGUUGUUACAUUUAUGGGUAAGAACCAUCUGACAAAUUGGGUAGAUUUUAAACUGACAAAAAGUAACUCCAAAAUAUUGGAAUUGAGGGAAGGAAAUUAAAAACAAGUACUCCAUAUUUGAUAAAUGAUAUAUCAAUAUAAGAGACUAAAACACAUAAAGCAGUCUAACUAAUUGAAACUCAGAGAAAAGUAAAUAGGGUUUUGGUGAAGUAUUUUCAACUGACUUGCUGGUUAGUGCAUUAACUGGUUUACAAAGUAGUACAAAUCUAAUCUUUCUCAAAAACACAUUCUGUACAAAGUUCUCCGGAGUUGUCUAUUCCACAGAUCUUCCAAAAGCUCCGUGCUUUGACAAUGUUGCCAUCAACACGUGUGACUUCCCAGGUAUGGUGGUCCUUGAUGUCCACACUGCAUGACUUGGCAGGAAAGAGAUAUACAGUAUAUAGUGAGUUUUACAAUCCGUCCCCUUGGCGUGACAGCCCAGCUUAGGUAGUAAUCAGGCCAUGAGACAAGAAUGUCAGAUCUUCUGAUGUUUUUAUCUGGACAUUCAGAAGAUCUUGAUGUCUGCACGAUAUAUUUCUGUUGUACAUCUCAUCUAGACUCUUGGUAAUUCUGUAAUAACAAUUGGUGAUCAGGUGAACGAGCCAUACUUGCAAUGCCAAGAGUGUGCAAAGCUGUCAUGAAGCCAAAGUGUGGCUACUUUGAAGAAUCUCAAAUAUAUAUUUGUUUAACACUGUUUUGGUUACUACAUGAUUCCACAUGUGUUAUUUCAUAGAUGAGUAGGUGUGUCCAAACUUUUGACUGGUACUGUAUGUAAAUAAGGUAUUUCUGGUUCUUGUUUUUAAUAAAUAACCAAACUUUUAGAAGAAAAAAGAA